AUGUCCGGCAACGCGAUACCAAAUCUGCUGUCCCUCCGCGGAGCAAGGGGAGGCCGACCCGGUCGCGGGCGCGGAAGAGGCGGCCCAGGCGGCGGACCUUCCUCCGCGGGUCCGACACAUGACCAAACCAUCCAGGGCACCGACGACGAUGCCGCCGGAUCACGUCUUAGCGCCGUCAAUGUGGGAUACCUAGAGGACCCGUACGCCCGCUUCUUCGUCGACGGCAUGGCUGGACCGCCUCCCAGGAGACUACCCAUCAUCAACCGAGGCACUUACACGAGAACCGUUGCUCUCGACAGCCUUGUCGACAGCUUUUUAUCGGAAGCCGGUGGUUCGGGCGACGGGCCGAAGCAGAAGCAAAUCGUCUCUAUCGGCGCCGGGACCGACACUCGCCCCUUUAGACUUUUCCCAAGGACCGACCGGCCGGGACUAGUCUAUCAUGAGCUGGACUUUGCCGUGACGGUGCGAAAGAAGGCCCGCAUAGUUCAGGGCGUACCCCCUCUGCGUCAAAUCCUCGGUAACCCUUCAUCGGAGGAGGACGGUUCGUGGAGCUGUCAGCCUUCAGCUUCCGAUAGCUACUACUGCCACGCACGCGAUCUUAGAGAGCUCGUCCAGCCCGGCGCACCAACCCUCAAGGGACUCCGAACGGACAUUCCGACUCUCUUGAUAUCUGAGUGUUGCCUGUGUUACCUGGAAACAUCCGCAACGAAGGACCUCAUCUCGUGGUUCGAGCAGAAGAUUCCCGACCUCGGCAUCAUCAUUUACGAACCCAUCAGGCCCGACGACCCCUUUGGCAAAAUGAUGACGUCCAACCUGGCGGCAAGACGGAUUCGUAUGCCGACAUUGGAGAGCUACAAGUUACCGCAGGACCAAGAACAACGCCUUCGCGACACUGGCUUCGAGCAUGCCAACGCGUUAACAGUCGAGCGGAUCUGGGAACGGUGGGUGUCGUCAGACGAGAAGGAAAGGGUUGACCGACUGGAGGGGCUGGAUGAGGUGGAGGAGUGGAAGCUGCUUGCCGACCAUUAUGUUGUAGCCUGGGGAUGGAGGGGAUCCGGGUUUGAACUGUUCAAUUCUGGUAGAUAG